CAGAACAUACAGUGGAGGUUGAGGAAACAGCCGCUAAGAUAGAGGAAAUUGAGAAGAGGCUAUCCGAGAGGCAGGCAGAGAAUAGAUCAUCUAUGAAUCAAGCAACCGCUUCGACCAGCGAGAUAGAUAUCCUAAACAUAGAUAGAACGGCACUUGAAGCUAUUUUAGACGUUAGCUAUCGAUUGCAAGACUUUCAAAAGAAAAAACAUUCAAUGAGUACAAUUGCUUUGGGGCAAGAAUCUUAUAAAGACAAACAAGCAAAAGCAAAAGAGGCGAGGAGCUACAGGUCAAGCAAUUUGAAAGCUCAAUGUCGUUAUUUGAUUGAGUCAGCGGCUACGGUUCUAAAUAAGAGCGUUGACUAUGUAUUGGAUGGAGUGUUCGAUGCAGAUGUGCAUGUAGACAUAUUGAAUGAAGCUAUUUCCGAAGGAGGAAGGCACUGCUUUGUUAUAUGCGAUGCUCUGCUGCCGUCAUUGAAAAUGGAAUCCGGCCGUUUUAUACCGAAUCAAAAAGGGAGAAUGGAAAGGACCUACGUGUCAGAUGCCAACUCGAUCGGAACUGUAGGAACGUGUGUCGCGUUUUAUAGGAUUAAGAAUAAGGCGAUAGAUAAUAAAAAUGUUGCUGACGAUUAUUAUCUGGCUAUUUUCGACAUGAACCAAAAGACUGGGAAUGUUGUUUCGGGUAUUUUCAACACGUUUCGUGACGUCUAUGUCCCAGCCCUGAAAAAUUGCGGUGCCUGGGGUGAUCUGAACCCACCUAAUCCAAAAAGUCGCGAUGUUAUCAGCGCAUACAUUUCGAAAAUAAUGCUUUUCAUUGACUACUUGGAGAAAACUAAAAUGGAUUUGGAUUGUUGUGCAAAAUUCGAUAUCAAUCUAACGUUAUACGAAGAAGAACUGUCCGACAAUGAUAAAAUGAAAAAUGCUAUAACGAAAACAGCCGUUUUGGAAGAAAUCUGCUCCUUUGUGAAGCAAUGGAUGAAGCAGAUAACAACGAUCCUAGUUCAAAGUCAACAACUACGUCGGGAGCCUCCUAACAUUGGUCCUCUCGCUGAGUUAGACCAUUGGCGUCGACAGCUUACAACUUUCACCUCUAUUAUAGAGCACAUGAAGUAUGAGCCCUGCCAAAUGUAUAUUCAUGCCCUGGUCCGAGCUAAAUCGAAGUUGAUAAAGAAAUGGAGAACUCUGGAUAACGAAGUUACAGAUUUCUACAACGAAGCGUAUGAUAACGUGAAAUAUUUGUAUGCACUUGAGAAAUACUGUGAACCUUUAUAUAGAUGUGAUCCAGUAACGUUACAGCAAUUCAUACCUGGUCUGUUAUACACCAUUCGUAUGGUGUACGCGACGUCUCGCUACUAUAACACGACCAAACAGAUAUCUACCCUACUGGUGAAAGUCACCAACCAAAUUCUCAACAUGUGCAUGGUAUACCUCACCAACGAUGGCAAGAAGACCAUUUGGAACCAGGACAAAAUAAGAUUCAUUCAUAAAGCGAAGUUGUGCUUGUAUCUAUACAGUUUCUAUCGUGAGUGUUACAAUGAGACGCAAAAGGAGAUGAUCGAAGCGGCUGAUGAGAAACCCUUCAAUUGUUCAGACAUGUAUAUUUUCGGAAAGUUUAAAACAUUCCAAAAGAGGUUAAUCAAGAUCGUAGACUUAUUUCAAACUUACAUUACUUAUUACGUGCUCAAUAAAACUACUAUCGAGGGGAUCGAAGAAUUUGCAGCGACUUUCAAUAAGUUAUUCAAAACUAUAUCGUCAAAGACAUACGAUGCUCUGGAUCACAGGCGUCCUGAUUUUGAUAAAGACUACAAAAUCUAUAAAGAUGCUGUCGCAACCCAGGAACUCCAAUUGGAGAACUUCAUGAUAAGUAGUGUAAACAAAUGCCCUACAACUGAAAUCGCAUUGCAUUUACUAGCGCGAUUCGAAACACUAAAAUUGAAUUGCUUGUAUUUGGAGGAUCAGUAUUAUGAUCUUAUAAGCAAAUAUACCGAAGAGAUUGAAAAUAUACGUGACAGGUAUAACGAAGAAAGGGAGGAUCCGGAACUACCACGUAACAUGCCUCCAGUUGCAGGAAGGAUAAUGUGGAUUCGCUUCUAUGACAAAAACAUCAGAAUGCCAAUGGAAGUGUUCAAAAAACAUCGCGAAGUUAUCACGCAUAUGAACACGCAACGUUGCAUUAAGCUGUACAACGUGAUGAGAAUUGUUUUCACGGAGUUCGAAUUGAUCUAUCACAGUGCAUGGGCAGAAAAUGUUGGUCAAGUAAAGUUAGGCCUAACGGCUCCUUUGUUAAUUCGCCACCCAGUUACCAACAUGUAUAUCGUGAACUUCAGCGUCUUUAUACCAGAAUGUAUCAGAGAAGUGGAGUAUAUGUGGCAGUUGGGUCUCAGAGUGCCUGAAGCGGCCCAAAUAGUCGCAUAUUGCAAGGACAAGAUAUACGGAAACCAUGAAAAGAUUAAAUAUUUAGUUGAACGCAAUAACCAAAUUCGAAACAACAUGCCAAAAUUAUUUUUACCGUUACUGCGGGCGCAGCUUGUGAAAAUGGAAAAAGCUUUCCAAGCAGGCCUUUCAACUAUAACGUGGAGCUCUUUAGAAAUUCCCUCUUAUUGUAAGAAUAUAGAAAAGGUUUUAAAUGAAGUCGACGUUUUCGUAAAGGAGGUGGUAGACAUGAAAGAGGCUCGUAUUGACAUAAUAUUAAAAUCGAUAAGUAAAACUAAUUUAGUUUCAUUACCAGACAAAGCAGUAGAUCCUACUAUAUUUUAUGAUGACAAUUUGCUACGACGAGAAGAAGUUUCAACCGACUUGCAGCAAAAGUCAUGGAAUGCUGAAACAGCCGUAUUCGAACUGAUUAACAAAUUUAUAGAUAGUGUUCCAUCUCGUGAGAUAAAAGCUUUGAAGGAUAAUUGGCUAGACCCUGAAAAAGCUCUAAAACAAGUAACUUCUGCAACAAGAGUUUUUCCUGAGAAUGCUGCUUUUCUAGAAAUAGAAAAUCCUGACCGAUUUGAAGUACUUCAUGUAGUUAAUGAAUGUAAUGAACUAUUUGCUUACUUUGCAACUAAGUGCUUGGAGGCUCUAAUCAAAUGUACGAGAAACAGCUUGGAUCUGCUUAGGAGAAGAGCUUCGGUGUCUAGUUUCCUUACGAUGACUACAGACCCUGAACAACAGAAACAAUUGAAGCCACUCAUGCUAACACAGAUGUAUCUGGAAAUACCGCGGAUUGUAAUAAAACCUACCCUCGAGGAGAUACAAAGUGCUUUUUCACAGGUAGUGCUAAAUUGCAUAAUGGAUGUUCAUCGAUACGUCUACAUGUGGGGACAGCAAGAUGCAAUAAAGGAAAGGAUGUCCCUGGGAACCGGGGCGAAUCCAAGUAUUGGUUCCAGGGCAAGUUCCACUACUGGCGGAAUACGUGUUUUCUUCAGAGUUGUCUCAGAACACAAAGAAAUAGUGCGUUCUGUAAUGGCUCUACAAGGCAUGAUGUUUAUGUAUAAGCCAGAUAUUCAGAAGUUACUUAAAUCGUAUCUAAAAUUUGAUUAUUUGUGGGCUGAAGAUAAAGUACAACAGAUACAAAAGUUUAUUGACUCAAAUCCCUUGAACGUUUUUAUGCGAGACAUGCUCAAGCAAUACGAAAACCAAACUGAGGAAGUAUUAGCUUUGCCAGAGCAACACAUCAUUGGUUCUAUUCAGAUGGAUACAGAGAAUCUGAAACUAGCUCUACACUUGGAAGCAGUCGAAUGGAAACGUCUUUUGGGAAAACUUUUAAAUCUAUCUUAUAGAGAUCGUGUCUUGAAACUUAUGCAGUUUAUAAAAGAACGCAUGAAAACUAUGAGUAAAAAGCUAAGCGAUUUAGACGACGUUCGUAUAGCAAUGAUGUGCUUGGAAAUGAUACGCGAUGAAUUUAUAAGUAUGGAUAUAGAAUUGGAUCUGAUAGAAGAAAGUUAUGCGACAUUCAAUCAAUUUAAUGUCGACAUUCCCAAAGAAGACGCUGAUAUGGUCUAUGGAUUGCGUUUUGCGUUUAAAAAUAUGCUGCUAACUGCGCAACAAGUACAACAAAGGAUUGUAGAUAUGCAAGGUCCUCUACAACAGGAGCUCACUGAGGGUGUCGCUACUUUUAAAGACGAGGUGCUGAAGUUCGAUGCUGAUUAUGACGCCUUUGGACCAAUGACUCCUGGUCUAUCUGCUAGGGAUGCUAGUGAUAGGGUCAUCCUAUUCCAAUCUCGGUUUGACGAGUUGUGGCGCAGAUUCGAAAUGUACUCCAGUGGUGAAAAGCUGUUUGGACUGGAAGUACAAGAUUAUCCUAUACUACAUCAAAAGAGAAAAGAAUUCAACCUGUUAAAUAAAUUGUACAGUUUGUAUCUGGCUGUCAUGAAUUCUAUAGAUGGAUAUUUUGAUACGCCAUGGGUAGAAAUUAAUAUUGAACAAAUUAUUUCUCAAUUGCAAGAUUUUGACAUCAGGUGCCGCAAAUUACCACGAGGCAUGAAGGAAUGGCCCGCAUACUUAGAUCUGAAAAAGAAGAUAGAUGACUUCAACCAAACUUGCCCGCUCCUGGAAUUGAUGGCUAGCAAGGCAAUGAAAGAACGUCAUUGGAAAAGAUUGGAGGAUCUUAUGGGUUGCAUAUUAGAUGUUGAGUCAGAAUCGUUUACAUUGGCUAACGUUAUGGAAGCGCCCCUAUUACAAUACAAGGAAGAAGUUGAAGACAUAUGUAUAAGUGCUGUUAAAGAGAAGGAUAUAGAAUCAAAGCUUAAACAGACUAUAGCCGACUGGGCUGUAGUAGAUCUAACCUUUGCGAAUUUCAAAAACAGAGGUGAACUACUUAUUAAGCCUCAAGAAACUUUAGAUGUUAUAACAAUGCUUGAAGAUUCAUUGAUGAUUCUAAACUCGUUAGCGUCAAAUCGAUACAAUGCACCGUUUAAGAAAGAUAUUCUAUUGUGGAUCAAUAAACUGGUUGGGACUUCUGAGAUUUUAGAGAAGUGGUUACAAGUACAAACUCUAUGGAUGUAUUUAGAGGCAGUGUUCGUCGGCGGGGAUAUUGCUAAGCAGCUGCCUGCUGAAGCAAAACGAUUUGGGCAAAUCGAUAAAGCUUACGUAAAGAUUAUGUAUCGUGCGCGAGAUAUUGUAAAUUGCGUGGAGACGUGCACUUCAGAUGAUACAUUGAAGCAACUCUUGCCUCAUCUGUUUGAGCAAUUGGAAGCAUGUCAAAAGUCACUUUCUGGUUAUUUGGAGACCAAGCGGCUUAUCUUCCCAAGAUUUUUCUUCGUGUCCGAUCCGGUGCUUUUAGAAAUUCUGGGCCAAGCAUCCGAUCCUCGAUCCAUUCAGCCCCAUUUACCUAGUAUUUUCGAUGCUAUAUACACAGUUGAAUUCGACGAUAAGGAUAGAAUUGUUAAAAUGAAUUCUGAUAAUGGAGAAACUAUUCCAUUUGAAAGACCCGUCGUUUGCCUGGGAGGUGUUGAGAACUGGCUAAAUGUUUUGUUGGACUCUAUGAAAGAGACAGUUAAGAAUAUGAUUGCAAAUAUUGCUCAAACUAUGGCAUCUGACGCUGAAUUCGAGUUUUUAACAGGAUUUUGGAACUUUUCGGGACAGGCUAGCUUAUUAGGAAUGCAAAUUUUAUGGACGAGCGACGCUGAGUAUGCUUUGAAGAAAUCAAGAGUUGAUCGAUUUAUUAUGAGACUAACGAAUCAAAAGAAUCUCGAUUUGCUAAAUGGGCUUAUUGAUCAAACUGUGAUGGAUCUAGCUCCUUUGGAUAGGACUAGAGUAGAGACUAUGAUAACCAUACAUGUGCAUCAAAGAGAUAUAUUUGAUGAUCUUGUAAGGAUGAGAAUAAGAAAUGUAAAAGAUUUUGAGUGGCAAAAGCAAGCCCGUUUCUAUUAUUUCGAAGACACUGACGAUUGUACUGUAUCUAUUACGGAUGUGGACUUCUUAUAUCAAAAUGAAUAUCUGGGUAUCACUGAACGUCUCGUUAUCACACCACUGACGGACCGUUGUUACAUAACGCUGGCACAAGCUAUUGGCAUGAACAUGGGCGGUGCGCCGGCCGGGCCCGCAGGGACUGGCAAGACCGAGACCACCAAAGACAUGGGGCGGGCGCUCGGCAAACUUGUCAUCGUCUUCAAUUGCUCCGAUCAGAUGGAUUUUAGAGGUCUUGGACGUAUUUAUAAGGGGCUGGCACAAUCUGGGACAUGGGGUUGCUUUGAUGAAUUCAAUCGGAUUGAACUGCCAGUGUUAUCCGUCGCCGCCCAGCAAAUUUACAUUUGCCUCACUGCGAGACGCGAGAAAAAGGACUUCUUUAUAUUCAGUGACGGUGACACAGUGAGUCUGAACCCGGAAUUUGCUUUCAUCAUCACAAUGAACCCGGGCUACGCCGGCCGUCAGGAGUUGCCGGAGAACCUCAAGAUCCAGUUCCGCUCCGUAGCGAUGAUGGUGCCCGACAGACAGAUCAUCAUCAGAGUCAAGUUGGCCAGCUGUGGCUUUAAAGAUAACAUACUAUUAGCUCGAAAGUUUUUCACUCUAUAUAAGCUGUGUGAGGAGCAAUUGUCGAAGCAAGUCCACUACGAUUUUGGUUUGAGGAACAUUCUAUCUGUUUUGCGGACUAUGGGCUCGCAGAAACGAGCGAAUCCUGAUAACACUGAGGAAACUAUCAUGAUGAGAGUAUUGAAAGAAAUGAAUGUUUCUAAGCUUGUGGACGAAGAUGAACCAUUAUUUAUGUCACUCAUUGAAGAUCUAUUCCCUGGAAUCAAACUCAGUCAAACAAUGCACAAGGAAAUGCAAAAAGCUAUAGCGGAAGUGACAUCAAAGAUUGGGUUAGUAAAUCAUCCAGAUUGGAAUUUGAAGAUAAUUCAACUAUAUGAAACGUCUUUGGUGAGACACGGCUUGAUGACAAUGGGACCGACGGGUUCUGGCAAGACAACAUGUAUACACACACUAAUGGCUGCGCUGACGUUGGUUGGAAAACCUCACCGUGAAAUGAGGAUGAAUCCGAAGGCUAUCACUGCACCGCAAAUGUUUGGUCGUCUGGACGUAGCUACUAACGACUGGACUGAUGGCAUAUUCUCUACGCUUUGGCGACGUGCUUUGAAAGUUAAGAAAACAGAUACGACGUGGAUAGUUCUAGAUGGUCCAGUAGAUGCAGUUUGGAUUGAAAAUUUAAAUUCCGUACUUGAUGACAACAAAACUUUGACGUUGGCCAACGGUGAUCGUAUUCCAAUGGCACAGAAUAGCAAGCUGGUAUUUGAGCCUGAUAACGUUGACAACGCCUCUCCUGCUACUGUCAGUCGAAUGGGCAUGGUGUUUCUGUCCUCGUCAGUUCUAAAGUGGCAACCUAUUCUAGAGGGAUGGUUAAUGAAACGUGCCCAGAAAGAAUCGGACGUGCUCCGGGCAACUUUCAACAAAGUUUACGAUGAUAUCCAUUCAUUUGUACAACAGAAGUUGCCAGCUAAGAUAAAACUUCUGGAAGCUAUUUAUAUAAGGCAAUGUAUCGACGUCUUAGAAGGACUUUUGGCAAUUGAAACACCAAGUGGAAAACCCCACACGGACCGGCAUUUGGAGCGCUUGUUUGUGUUUGCGAUGAUGUGGUCGCUAGGCGCUGUUCUCGAGCUAGAGGACCGUUUGCGUAUGGCGGAGUUCAUGACGAAGCUACCCGUAAGAAUAGAUUGGCCAGGAGGCAAGUCCAAGGAGUUUGUGAUGCCCUUUGAAUAUAUGGUCAACCAGAGCGGGCAGUGGCAGCAUUGGUCUGAAAGCGUCGAAGAUUACAUUUACCCACCAGAUUCUAUACCAGAGUACGCUUCUAUCUUAGUACCAAAUAUCGACAACGUGUGCAUUUCAUUCCUCAUCGAUACGAUAGCGAAACAAAAUAAGGCGGUACUGUUGAUCGGCGAACAGGGAACCGCAAAAACUGUGAUGCUGAAGAGCUACAUGGCUAAAUACGAUAAUGAGGUUAAGCUGUUCAAAGUUGUCAAUUUUUCGUCUGCAACUACACCUAAUAUGUUCCAACGUAUUAUUGAAUCGUAUGUAGAGAAAAGAGUUGGUUCUACUUUUGGGCCACCCGGUGGAAAAGCAAUGACUGUCUUUGUGGACGAUAUCAAUAUGCCUGUUGUCAAUGAGUGGGGAGACCAGGUGACAAAUGAAAUAGUUCGACAAAUGAUGGAAGGUGGUGGUUUCUAUUCCCUGGAGAAGCCCGGAGAGUUUACAACAAUUGCUGAUAUCCAAAUGUUCGGAGCUAUGAUCCAUCCAGGUGGUGGAAGAAACGACAUACCGCCAAGACUCAAAAGACAGUUCAAUGUGUUUAACUGCACGUUACCAAGCACCGUGUCCAUGGAUAAAAUAUUCCAAACUAUAAGCGCUGGAUACUUCUGUAAGACGAGGUUCGACAAAGCGAUAGUGGAGUUCAUGCCACGUCUUGUGCCCGUGACCAGAAUAAUUUGGCAGCAAACCAAGAUAAAAAUGUUACCUACGCCAGCCAAAUUCCACUACGUUUUCAAUUUGAGAGAUUUGUCUCGCAUAUGGGAAGGAAUUUUGUUCAUAAAGAAGGAGGAACUACAAACCAUCGAAACUGCACUAAAGUUGUGGUUCCACGAGUGUUUGAGAAUUAUCUCUGACAGGUUCACAACAUUUGAGGAUAAGGACUGGUUUGUUGAAAACUUUUGGAGGACGGCUGCUCAGGAACUACCAGAUUAUGUCAGCUCGUUUCCAACAGAGGAGACGUACUUCGUGAAUUUCCUCAGGGAGCCAAUAGAACCAACCGGCGAUGAGGGCGAGGACUUCAGUAUAGAAGCUCCGAAGAUUUAUGAAGAAAUGCCCUCAUGGGAGUUUGUUCUGUCCAAACUGUAUUCAUUUCAAGAUCAGUUCAACGAGCAAAUUCGUGGUGCUCAUAUGGACUUGGUAUUGUUUCACGAUGCAAUGGUCCAUUUGUUCAUUAUAUCUCGAAUUAUCAAUACGCCAAGGGGCAACGCUUUACUGGUUGGAGUCGGCGGAUCCGGAAAACAGAGCCUAACGAAAUUAGCGUCAUUCAUAGCGAACUACUCAUACUAUCAAAUAACAUUAACUAGGGCAUACAACGUGGGCAACUUUAUGGACGAUAUUAAGAUUCUGUACCGCAUUGCGGGGCUGCAGGGGAAAGGCGUGUCGUUCAUUUUCACGGAUAACGACAUUAAGGACGAACAAUUUUUGGAGUUCCUGAAUAAUAUUCUUAGUUCCGGCGAGAUUGCGAAUCUCUUCCCCAAGGAUGAAAUGGAUGAAAUUCUAAACGAAUUAACGCCAAUAAUGAAGAAGGAAGCUCCUAAACGUAUUCCCGUCAACGACGUCCUCUAUGAGUACUUUAUAAUGAGGUCACGAUCUAAUUUGCACGUUGUUUUAUGUUUCUCACCGGUCGGUGAGAAGUUUAGAAGCCGUGCAUUGAAAUUCCCCGGUCUUAUAUCUGGAUCUGUAAUGGAUUGGUUCCAAAAGUGGCCAAAAGAAGCGCUCAUCGAAGUGGCAGAGCAUUUUCUGACGGAUUUCAGCGUUGUAUGCGCAGUAGAGACGAAACAUCAACUAAUUGAAAUUAUGGGAAUGGUUCAGGAUAAUGUGGCUGACACUUGCGUAAAAUACUAUGAUAGGUUCCGGAGACAAGCUCAUGUUACGCCCAAAUCGUAUUUGUCGUUCUUGGAAGGAUACAAAAAGUUGUAUACUGAUAAGCAUAGAAGUAUCGCUGAAAUGGCUAAAAGAAUGACUACAGGACUGGAUAAAUUAGUUGAGGCAGCACAGAGUGUGGACAUACUCAAAAAAGAAUUAGAAGUUAAGGAAACAGAAAUCAAAGUAGCAACGGCAGCUGCGGAAGAGGUUCUUCAAGCGGUAGCAGAAUCUGCAGCAGCAGCGGAGGUAGUAAAAGCAGGAGUGGUAGAAGUAAAAGAACGCGCCGUGCAAAUUGUCAACGUCAUCGCUGCGGAAACCGCUGUAGCUGAGGACAAGUUAGCAGCAGCUAAGCCAGCUUUGGAUGCUGCUGAAGCUGCUUUAAUGACUAUAAACGCUGCCGAUAUAGCCACAGUUCGAAAAUUAGGAAAGCCACCAUAUCUUAUUACACUUAUUAUGGAUGCAGUACUUUUGUUGUUCAGAAAACGUGUUGAUCCUAUUAAGCCGGAUGCUGACAAAGAAUUCUUGACACCGUCGUGGGCAGAGUCCCUAAAGGUGAUGGCUGAUACCAAAUUCUUGAAUAACUUGAAGUUUUAUCCAAGAGAUGAAAUAAAUGCUGAAAUGGUCGAUUUACUGCAACCUUAUUUCAGAUAUCGGAAUUACACUUUCGAAGCAGCAAAGGUUGCUUGCGGUAAUGUUGCUGGCUUGAUAUCUUGGACAAUUGCAAUGGCUCAGUUCUAUGGCGUUAAUAAAGAUGUCUUGCCAUUAAAAGCAAACUUAGCAGUUCUACAAGCAAAAUACGAAGCUGCUAAAAGGGAAUUGGAUGCAGCGGAAACUAUGCUGGAGGCUAAAGAGCGAGAAUUAGCGGAAGUCCAAAAGAAGUUUGAGGAAGCAAUGGCUCUCAAACAAGCGGUUUUAGAUGAUGCUGCUAAAUGUCAAGAGAAGAUGGAUGCAGCGUCUGCGCUUAUCAACGGUCUAAGCGGCGAGAGAAUACGUUGGACUGACCAGUGUGCUCAGUUCCGGUCGGAGAUUGAAAGACUUGUUGGAGACGUUUUGCUUUUGACUGGUUUCUUAUCAUACGCGGGCCCGUUCAAUCAAGAGUUUCGAAUACUACUGCACACCAGCUGGCUAAACGAACUUCUCAAAAGAAAGAUUCCGGUGUCUGUGAGUCUAAAUAUAACGGAGCAACUAACUGAUACUGCAACGAUUGGCGAAUGGAAUUUGUGUGGUCUACCAACAGAUGAACUGUCCAUACAGAAUGGCAUUAUUGUCAACAAAGCGUCCCGAUUCCCCUUACUUAUCGAUCCACAAACCCAGGGAAAGAUCUGGAUAAAGAAUAUGGAAAAACUUAAUGAUUUGAUUGUAACUACGCUCAAUCACAAAUACUUCAGGAACCAUAUCGAAGAUUGCGUGUCUUUGGGAAGACCAUUAUUGAUUGAAGAUGUAGCUGAAGAAUUGGAUCCAGCAUUAGACAAUAUUUUAGAAAAGAAUUAUAUUAAAAUUGGUUCUACUUAUAAAGUCAAACUAGGUGAUAAAGAAAUUGACGUAGCUCCAGAACACAAAAUAUACAUUACAACGAAAUUGCCGAAUCCGGCUUACACACCAGAAAUAUCUGCACGUACUUCCAUCAUCGACUUUACGGUUACUAUGCAAGGGUUGGAGGAUCAACUAUUAGGUCGAGUGAUACUGACAGAGAAGGCUGAAAUGGAAGCGGAGCGCACUCAGCUUAUUAUGGACGUGACGGCCAAUAGACGCAAGAUGCAGGAACUUGAGGCCAAUCUACUGCACAAACUCACCACUAUACAGGGUUCGCUGGUAGAAGACGUGUCACUCAUACAAGUUCUCAACGUCACCAAAGCUACUGCUACAGAGGUAAAAGAGAAACUGGAAACAGCUAAAGAAACAGAGAUGAAGAUCAACGCGGCUCGCGAGGAGUACAGGCCGGUGGCUACGCGAGGCUCUGUAUUGUAUUUUCUCAUCUGCAAUAUGUCCCUCGUGUGUAACAUGUAUCAGACCUCGUUGGCACAGUUCUUGGAACGCUUCGACAUAUCCAUGGAGAGGUCGCCGCAAAGUCCCAUCACAUAUAAGAGAAUCGCUUCCAUUAUUGAAUACUUGACGUACGACGUAUGGAAAUUCAUAAGCCGAGGCUUCUACGAAAAGCACAAGUACCUCUUUACAUUGCUGUUGACUCUGAAAAUUGAUUUACAAAGAGAGUACAUUUCCUUUGAGGAGUUCCAAACGUUCAUUAAGGGUGGAGCUGCAUUGGAUUUGAACGCAUGCCCACCGAAACCAUUUAAGUGGAUAACGGAUAUGUCGUGGUUAAAUUUAGUACAACUGUCCAGUUUAAGGAAGUUCGGAACUAUUAUAAAUCAAGUUACGAACAACGAAAAGGGCUGGAAAUCCUGGUUCGACAAAGAAGCACCAGAAGACGAACCGCUACCAGACGGAUAUCACACUUUGGAUGUGUUUAGAAAACUUUUAGUUGUUAGAGCAUGGUGUCCAGAUAGGACACUGUCGCAGAGUUUGAAAUAUGUUAUCGAUUCUAUUGGUACACAAUAUUCGGAAGCGGUUAUCGUGAAUUAUGAACAAAUGGUUUUAGAAUCUCGCCCAUUGGUACCCUUGAUAGGUUUCCUAUCUAUGGGCUCGGAUCCGACUCCUUCAAUAGAGAUGACGGCAAAACGCCUAGAGUGCACUUGUAUGUCUAUUUCGAUGGGGCAGGGCCAAGAAGUACAUGCAAGGAAACUAAUUUUACGAGCUUUAUCCGAGGGCUUAUGGGUGUUAUUACAAAAUUGUCAUCUUGGUUUGGAUUAUAUGGUUGAAGUCAUGGAACAAUUUGGUGAGCUAGAAAAACAUCUAGAAACGAUCCACGAAUCAUUCAGGCUUUGGAUAACUACAGAGGUUCAUCCGAAAUUCCCAAUAACUUUGCUGCAGAUGUCUAUUAAGUAUACUUGUGAACCACCUUCAGGUAUCAAAGCUGGACUUCUAAGGACUUACGAUUCAAUGGGACAAGACUUCCUAGACUACAGUGACAGUCCUUUCUACCGUCCUCUUAUCUACACCAUAUCUUUCCUCCACACUGUCGUACAGGAGAGACGCAAAUUCGGACCCCUCGGUUGGAACAUACCGUAUGAAUUCAAUUCCGCAGAUUGGCUGGCUUCGUGUUAUUUCGUUCAGAACCAUUUGGAUAUGUUGGAGCCAGGACAGUUUGUCAGCUGGAAUACUGUUAGGUAUAUGGUAUCAGAAGUACAAUAUGGUGGACGAGUAACAGACGAUUUGGACACGCGGCUGCUAGUUACGUUCUGCAAAGUGUGGUUCUCUGACCAGUUAUUUACCGACGACUUCCAAUUCUACAAGGGAUAUGGUAUCAUGAAGUUUAAGAACAUUCCGGAGUACAUAGAGGAAAUUGAUAAAAUGAAAACUGUUGAUCCUCCUCAGGCAUAUGGAUUACACAGCAAUGCCAACAUUACGUAUCAGCGUGACGUAACUCAGGACUUGUUAGAUACAAUUUUGUCGAUUCAGCCAAAAGAAUCUAGUUCUGGUGGAGGCGAGACUCGAGAAGCGUCUGUCUACAGACAGGCCAAAGAAAUGCUUGAGAAAGUACCACCGAAUUUCGACCCACAUGAAGUCAGGGAAAGGCUUAAACUCUAUGGUAUCCUUAACUCAAUGGUCAUAUUUUUACGUCAAGAGAUUGAUAGAAUGCAGAGAGUUAUAUCACUUGUUCGGAGUACUCUUUUAGAUUUAUUACUAGCCAUUGAUGGUACGAUAAUUAUGAAUGAGGCACUUCGGGAUUCUCUGGAUAAUAUUUACGACGCUAAAGUCCCUAGCGUGUGGCUCAAGAAUUCCUGGUCUUCGUCAACUCUCGGCUUCUGGUUCACUGAGUUUCUGGAGCGGAACAUCCAGUUCUCAUCGUGGUGUUUCCAAGCGCGGCCUCAUUCGUUUUGGAUGACCGGCUUCUUCAAUCCUCAAGGGUUUUUGACGGCGAUGCGUCAAGAGGUAACGAGAGCGCACAAGGGCUGGGCCCUCGAUAUGGUGUCCCUGCAUAAUGACGUCACAAAGUUUACCCUAGACGAGAUUAAAGCUCCACCACCGGAAGGUGUAUACAUCCACGGUCUAUUCUUGGACGGCGCUGGCUGGGACAAGAGGAACAUGCGUCUCGGUGAAUCGACACUGAAAGUUUUGUACACGCCCCUGCCCGUUGUACACGUGUAUGCUAUCAAUUCCACUGCGCCCAAGGAUCCGAAACUCUAUGAGUGUCCGGUAUAUAAGAAUGCUCGUCGUACAGGCCUCACCUACAUUACCCCUUUGUGGCUGCCAACAAUAAAAAGUCCCGAUCAUUGGAUACUGAGAGGCGUGGCCAUGUUAUGUGACACUAAAUAAGUAUGUUGUGUUUCUUUUCUUUACUUGUUAAUGCAUAGGUUCCUUAAUUUAUUGUUUGUGUGUUUAUUAACUUUAUUGUUUAUCUUUAAUUGCGCUAAAUAAAAACUCAACAACUGUU